GGGCUCCAGGGUUCGAAACCGUAAAACGACACCGCUCUGCAUCCUCAAUCAUUCUUCUUCUUCUUCUUCUUCUUCAUUUCGGCAAUAACAUAGAGGUCAGGCUCCAACUUUCUCUAUGUUUUCGAACUCUUCAGCUUGGCAUUACUUCAUUAUUCACUUCAAAGCUGACCAAAUAGCAAAAGUCUUUUUCAUGGUGCUGAAAUCCUAUCAUAUGGUUUCACAAUUUCUGCUUUUUGUUUUGGCUGAUUUAUAUGUGCGAUAGUCAGAAAUUCCUUGAUUUGAGCUGUUUUUAUUGGCCAUGUAGUAUUCCUCGUUUCUGAUAGUAUGGUUUUUGUUCGGGGAAAUCGCUUGAAUUAUGUUCUCUCUGGCAGAAAUUCAACCAGGCAGAUAUGCUCCACAAACCCAUUUCACCAUUUUUAUCAACACCCAAAAAGCUACUCCAAGUAUGCAAAUCCCAUUGAUCUCGCUUUGAAGCAUAUACGCCUUUCGAAUCAGACCCAUGUCGGCCUGCGUCCCAAAGUACCUUCCAAUGUGCGCGUUUCCUUGAAUUCUUUAUACUCUACUAACGCCCCGUCGAGAUCUUUUAGAAGGAGAGAGCGUAAGAGAUCAAAAUCUAACUCUGAAACCCCUCUUGAUGAAGCCCAAUUUCAACGUGCGGUUUCCCAACUUCCGCCGAGAUUCACUGCUGAAGAGCUUUGCAAUGUCAUAACCCUCCAAGAAGAUCCUAAAGUGUGCUUGGGGCUAUUCAAUUGGGCGUCGCAACAAUCGAGGUUUAGGCACGAUGUCUGCACUUACCACAUUACAAUAAAGAAGCUUGGUGCAGUGAAAAUGUACCAAGAAAUGGAUGAUGUUGUAAACCAAGUGCUUGCUCUUCCAUAUAUUGGUUCAGAGGCCCUUUUCAAUACCAUCAUCUAUUUUUUCACAGAGGCGCGGAAGCUGACUCGAGCUGUCAAUAUAUUUAAGCACAUGAAGAAUAGCAGAAAUUUGGAUUGUAGGCCUUCAGUUAGAACCUAUAAUCUUCUUUAUGCGGCGUUCUUGAGUCGGGGAAAUAAUUCCUAUAUAAACCACAUGUAUAUGGAGACUAUUAGAUGCUUGUUUAGGCAGAUGGUAAAUGAUGGGAUUGAGCCUGAUAUUUUUUCUUUGAAUUCUAUUAUAAAGGGUUAUGUACUUUCUCUUCAUGUUAAUGAUGCUCUAAGGAUAUUUCAUCAGAUGGGUGUGGUAUAUAAGUGUCUGCCCAACUCAUUUUCCUAUGAUUAUUUGAUCCAUGGGCUAUGUGCACAAGGCCGCACAAACAAUGCUAGGGAGUUGUGUGAUGAAAUGAAGGAAAAAGGGUUUCUUCCAAGUAGUAAAUCGUAUAACUCGCUCGUGAAUGCUUUGGCUCUUGGUGGAGAGGUUGAUGAGGCAGUGAGGUGCCUAUGGGAGAUGAUUGAAAAGCGGAGGUCAGCUGAUUUCAUCACUUACAGAACUGUCUUGGAUGAGAUCUGUAGACGAGGAAGGGUAGGAGAGGCCAUGAGGUUGUUGAAGGAGUUUCAAGAAAAAGACAUUGUGGAUGGGCAUACUUACAGGAAGCUUCUAUAUGUGCUUGAAGAUAACUUUGGAAAUUCAGUUGACAAAAAUCAGUUCAGACAGGGGGGAUUAAAAAGAAAGGCUGUGGUUGUUCUGUCUUACAAGUCACGGAUCUUGCAUCUUCAUUCACUGAAGUCAAAUAUCAUCUUUUGAUAAGUCAAGUCAAAUAUCAUCUUAUACAGCAUACCAUGUCUUCAAGUAAGAUUUUAAUAAAUUCAAGAUGAGUGGUAAAUUUCAAUUUAUAAUGUAUAUUUUGCCAUACAGUCAAGUUGCAUAUUUUGAGCAAAAAGCUUGGGGCCAUUUGGUUUGAGUUAGUAAAGCUUUUUGUUCCCUCUAUCUAUGUCAAUGCUACUUGAUAAGUCUGCUUCCUUAGAACUUAGAAGUAGGCUGUAUUGUAUAUGAGUUCAUAUAUUUUCAUAUUUUCCGGUUGA